UACAAGUAGCAGAGAAUUCCAAUAGUUUCAAUGUUCUUCAAUAGUCCAUGUAUAAAUGUAUAGUAUUAUUGUCAUGACUGAAAAUCUGCAUGCAUCUUUAAAUGAUAUUGUUAUGUUUUGAUAUAAUUUAUACUUAUUUAUGAAUUGUAGAUACAGACUUUACAAUGGGGUACAUUUGGUCACUUAUAUCUGUCGUUCUGCUUGCUGGGUUUGUCACGGCCUCCAAAACUUCCUAUCAGUUUAAAAACAACUGUAAAUUCAAGCUUCAUACACUUGGUAAAAGCGAUGUUGCUUUGGUGAGGUUUAGCGGCUCCAGACUUCCGAGUUCCAACUGUAGUAUCGGAUUCCGAGGAGUGCGUAACGAGUCUUCAUUGUGUGUAGUCAGUAAGCCUCCAUUCACACUGAACGGUUUGGGACCGACACUCACCCUAUCUCAGGGUAGUAGUUAUAUAAACAGCAAGAGCUAUAAUUACCUGUCAAUCAUCUCACCCUCUCGUUACUGCACGUCUGGUGGACGAUACCUUCACAUAGAAUUAGACGGCGGAAACAUUGGGUCAUCGAAGUCACGUGACCGAGGAUACUUCACAUUAGAGGUCACAGUGACCUCGUCCUCAUCUCCUAGCAAACGCCUUCCAAUUGCCAUCAUUGCUGGGCCGGUUGCUGGGGGAGUGACUCUCAGUACCGUGGUAUUCAUUAUAUUUAGAGUCCUACGUCACAGGCGGAAGAAGAUAACUAAUGCCGGAGUAUAAUCGGAGUAUAAUUUGAUAUUCACCAGAUAACAUUACAUAUACCUGCAGCAAACGACAUCUAAAUCACUACCUGACUAAUAUGGCCACACCAUGAUAUCAGCCAAUCAUAGAGUCUAGAUUCAGAGACGCACUCUUUAACUUCUAUAGUAUCCUUGAGUGUAUAAACAUAAAUAAA